UCUUUAUUCUUGUUACUCGUUCAAGAUUGGUAUGGUGGUGUAGUUGCACUCUGUACUCUGUAGGAGACACAUACCAACCCUACACCCUAUGUGAUUUUCGGGACUAACACAGUACACGUGCACAGGACUCCAGUUCUAGGACGAUGACUCCAUUGAUCUGGUUGAUACUAGAUUGGCUGGUGACUGGUAUUCUGUUCGCUGUCACCGUAGUCCUGGCAAGGAUAAACCUGAGCAUCCAGAGGAAGAGAGAGAUCCUGGGUGAACUGCCAUGCUAUAAGGGAUAUCUGCCUCUGAUAGGACAUGCACACCUAGCAUUCAAUCUCACGUACCCUGGUUUUAUAGAUAUGCUGAUAAAGUCUCGGUCCGAGAACAAGGGUUCUGUUCAAAUCUGGGCAGGACCAAAGCUGUCUGGCUACAUCUCUAACCCCGCGGAUAUUCAGAAAGUCCUGAACCGAAAAGAUGCUCUCAACAAAGGAGACCUGUUCAACUUUUACCAGGCUCAUAGUGUGGGGCUUCUCUCCAAUACAACCCCGAGAUGGUACAAGAUGAGACGACUGGCCAGCACCCCUCUGACAAAUCUACAGAUGAUUGACAGUCUCCAGCCUGUCUUCCAGCAGCAGGCUGGAGUCCUGCUGCAGAUCCUGUCUACUGUGGAAGGUGGACACAGUUUCACGGAUAUCUACCCUUAUCUGUCUCGGUGUUGUCAAGACAUAACAUACGAAUCACAUUUUGGUGUAAAACUUGGCAUUCAGCGCAAUUUAGAACUAUGUGCUCAAGAGUCUGUUGCACAAUCCAUUGCCCUCAUAAACGAACGCAUGAUGAAAGUGUGGUUGUAUCCGGAUUUCAUCUACUUCAGAACUGACAAAGGAAAAAUGUUGAGUAAACACGUCAACCACAAUCAGAGUGUAGCUAGAAAGAUAAUAUCUGAAAGGCGAAAGAUAUUGCAGUGUGGGAAACACAAUGAGGAAGAAACUGAGUUUGAUAAGAAGACAAAAAAAUUGCUGGACGUUUACUUUCAACAUGGACUCAGCGAUGAAGAAAUUGUGCACGAAAUUAUGGAUAUAAUGCUUGCAGGAUUCGAGACAAUGUCACUGACGCAGAGUUGGGUACUGCUGCUGCUGUCAAUGUUCCCUAUACAUCAAGAAAAGGUCCGCAAUGAACUAGAUCAGGUGUUAGGUGACUCUGAAGAUAUCAGCCUGGCAGACCUGCAACGUUGCCAAUAUCUGGACAUGGUCACCAAGGAAGCUCUAAGAUUGUUCGGUUUACCUGUUGUCAUUAGGCGGUUAGGAAGUGAUGUUUCUCUUGAAAUAAAAAAUUACACGCUCCCGGCCGAGGCAGAGAUCAUUAUAGCGAUGUGCUUGGUACACCGAGACGCCCGCUACUGGGACCACCCGGACCAGUUCUAUCCCGACCACUUCCUCCCAGAGAAGGUUGCUGGGAGGCCGAAGUAUGCUUUCCUUCCAUUUGGUGGAGGUCCUAGGAAGUGCCCAGCUUAUGCAUACGGUCUGGUGGUGGUCAAGUUCAUUGUGGCAACUUUACUACGAAAGUACACAUUCACAACUAAACAAGACUUCAACAAUUUACCUCUCGAUUUGUUCUUCAUGUACAAGCCUACUGAUGGUUUUCUGCUCAACUUUCAACCUAGAGAGUUUUUAAUUUGAUUAAUGUUUCAUAUUUACUUUUAAUACGUUUUCUUUCAAAAUUAUAUACAAUAUAUUGGCAUAAACGUAACGACGUUCCAAUAUGAAGUUAAGUAGAAAUUAAAAAUAAAUGCCUUUAUUGUCACUGCAAAUAUUUUUACUUAAGCAAACAAUGACAAAAUUUACUGAAAACAUGUUAUGUUCACUUUUUAGAAAAAAAUUAAAUAGUUUAUGAA